UAUCUAUAUACCCAAAAAUUUGCAGCAUGGAAACUUGCAAGAUUUCUAACAUGUCUAAGAAAGAUAAAAGAGUUGAGUCAAAGAAAAGAAAAGCAAAGGCUUUCCUGCAGCUUGCUAAUGAAGUAGACGAGGUAACAAAACAAAAUGAAGAUUCUGAAGAUGAAGAUAGUAAAGCAAAGAAAUCUAAACUUACAGAACAGAAUCAGACUGAAACAAAGACAAUGGAAGAUCUAGUUCGCUUCAGAAAACUUCUGAGAGACAGACAGAAAGCUAGUAUGGAGAAGCCCAAAGUAUUUUUACUGCUAGAUGAACUACAAAUGCAACACAGUCGACAGGUGUCACAAGAUUUAACUUUCAAGGAGAUGCCACCUUUGUUCCUCUUGGAUUUACAACAUUUACUACUGUAUGCUGCACAGGGAAAUGUAUCCACCUACAAACCUAGAUGGUGUAAGUUGCUCAGAGUAGGGAAGGUUACCAGCGUUGUUGUUAUUGUAUUAGAUUCUGUAAGCAGUCAUGAAUACCAGACAUAUCCAGACUGCUUCACAAGACUUAAUGCACUGUUUGAUAUGUCAGCGGAUAUGAUUUCACCAGAACAGUAUGGAAGUACAGUCAGUGAGGAUUUGUUUAAUGUUCCUAUAAGUAACAGAGAAAUAAGGAAAAUAAAUGGUGUGAUACCAAAAAAGACAAAAAACUUGAUAAACAAAUUCACCAGACCACCUGGAUACAGUACAGACUUGCAGAACAAAUCCAGUAACAAUUUACCUGACAUGGAAAAACACAACAAAGACAAAGAAUUAACAAGCAUAGAUAAAUAUACAUUUUCCAAUGCCAGUAAAACAGACUCACCAGAAACUGGUAUGGACAAGACGUCAUCUAAUGCUGCUGAUACCAACUUAUCACAUGACCAAAAACAAUUAGAGAAUAGUUUUCAAAAUGCCGGUAUCAACAUAGAUCCAGGAGACCUUCAUGAGGAUGAUUCGUUCUCCAGAACAAGUCUGCUGCUCAGUCUACCACAGAUGAUAUUGGAAGAUUUUCCACUUCCUAUUUACCAUGGUGGCUAUAAAAAGUAUGCGUUUUCCAAAGAAGGCUAUUCCACAGUGUCCAACCAGAGUCCUAUGUUUGCUAUUGACUGUGAAAUGUGUGUGACAACAGCAAAGAAGUAUGAACUGACGAGAGUAUCGGUUGUUAAUGAGAAGUUGGAAGUUGUUUAUGAUAGCUUUGUUAAACCUUAUAAUCCCAUUACAGAUUAUGUCACAAGGUACAGUGGUGUUACCAAAGCUAUAUUAGAUCCAGUGAAAACAAGAUUGAAAACGGUUCAAAGGUUUCUACAUAAAACUUUACCUGUUGAUGCAAUUGUAUGUGGACAAUCACUUAAAGGAGAUUUAGCAGCUCUCAAGUUGUUCCAUCCAUAUGUGAUAGAUACAAGUGUGAUAUACAACCUGUCUGGUCACAGAUCACAGAAAACUAGUCUACGUAGACUAGCCGCUCACUUCUUGAAUAAAGAUAUCCAGAGUAGUGACCAAGGUCAUUCUUCUGUAGAAGAUGCUAUUACCACAAUGGAGCUGGUUCAACUCAAACUUAAACAUUCACUAAACUUUGGUGAUGUAGUCAAUGGAGGAGUUAUAUUUCCACAGAAGGUAGAAGUGAAAACAGAAGAAAAAACAGAAGAGAAAAGCACAUCAGAUGGAAAGGAAGAAGAGAAAACAGAAAAGAAAAUAACAGAGGGGAAGGAUGAAGUGAAAACAGAAAAGAAAAGCACCUCUGAGGAGAAGGUUAACAGUUCAUUAGACCGUGAAAAUACAGAUCAGGUGGAAAUAAAGACUGAAAAAUGUGAAGAUAGCAAAAACAAAAGCAUAAAAAAAUUAGAAAAAGGAGAUAAAGACAGUUGUAGUGAUGGAGAAGAAAGUAAAAACAAAAUGGAGUCAAAUACUAGUGCUGAAGAAAUAAGUAAAAACAAAAUGGAGUCAGAACAUUGUACUUGUGAUGAAACAGAGACUGACACUGAAUGUAAAUCUUGUCAGGCUGAGAGAAAAUCAGGACCUGAUCUCAUUCAACAAAGGAAAGCAUUCUUUCAGCAGGCUGGUAGCCAUCUGUAUGAAAGUCUGUUUGCUCUGAUAAAGAAGCAAAAUAAAAUGGUUGGGUUUAUUGACAAAGCUGAAACAUUGGAGCAGUUUAAGGAUGACACUAUGACAGCAGUUCCUACCAACUGUGAUAGAGAUACUAAAUCUACAGGGAAAUCAUUGGUACAGUUCCAUGACUUUGUUUAUUUGAACUUUCCUUCUUACAAAGAGAUGUUGGAUAGUAAUGAUGAGGAAGAAAAAAAGCAUCUAUUACGGAAACAAGACAAAAGGAUGUCAAAGGUGUUGAAACAUGCGAGGCCCAACUCCUUAGUUGCCGUGGUGAUGACAGGGAGAUGCUGUCAAGGACAGGAUUACAGUGCAAAGACUUUUGUUAAAAUAACUUGAAAUAAAGUUACAAAUAUAA